CAGCAGGAGGUUUGUGGUGGCCAAUAAAUAAAGGCAGUCACUCGACAGCAGCAGUAGCUUUAAAAGCCAGUCCGAUUCACUCCAUAUAACUGUUUAAUACUAAUGUUUUCCGGUAAAUUGGUGUUUUUAUCAGAGUUGCCGACGUUAGUAGUAUGACGAAUAAAAUCUGUACAGAAGUUCUGGACAGGGUUCAAAUUCCUAAACACGUCAACUCGUCGGUCGUGGCAGCCUCAGUUUUCUCUAUCUGGACACAAAGGCGGCGAGAAAGAUUUUCAGCGUCCGGUGAGGACUCCUUUCUAUAACUGUUUACGUGUUUCUCACAAUCAGCGUCUUAACUUCCAGUACAGCAGCUGUCUGCUAAGGCAUCCUUCCAGAUAAUCCUGCCACAUUGUGAUCAAAGCGAGGAUUCUACUCCAAUGCCAUCUUUUCCCUGACACAAAAUGGACUCCGACUGCUUCCCGGAUGAUCAGCCAGCAUCUACACGUGCACAUGCUCCUCUGUCUGAUUUUGACCCCGUUAUUGGAGUCUCAGAGGGGGGGUUUAGUGUUCUUCCAGCAGCAGCAUCAGCAGCUCUGCCAGUCUCGGAAGUAGAGGACCUUGAUUCCUACAGUCUAAUUGAGCCUCCCCCUCUGGACUGGAGAUCUGACUCCUCCAGUGAAGCAGGUUCCGCACAUGAUCCAGAAGACCCCAGCCAGCCUCCUUCUGCUGAACUCCUGGAUUUGACCAGUCUCGGAGACUCUGGAUCACCGCUUUUGAUUGGGGGAGAUUUGUUCACUCCAGUACAGUCAUACCAACAAGUGCUUCUAGGAAACGUAUCAGAGCCAGGCCUGGCUAUAGAAGUUAAAGUUGAAGAUGGGGGUGUUCCUGCUGGAGAGGUAAUGUCUCAUGAGAUGUUAAGAGAUGCUGAGAAGGACACCUGCGAAGAAGAAGAGGCUGAGGUUUCAGAAAGGAGAACAGGUGAUGAGGAUCACAGCCGUAUUCAAGCUUUGCUCACGCAGCUUCAGAGGAUGGACAAAGAGCCCCACGACAAUCACCACUCCAGCCUGUCUGAACAAGAAGCGCGCGGUCACUCCGUGCUGACAAGUAGUACUGAAACCACAGGGCUGCUUUUCUCUGAACGCCACCAGAGAGACCUGCUGGGACUGCUGCAGUGCACAGAGAUCAGCUCUAAAUCCCAUCCAUCCCGUCGGCCUCCCUUUGGCGACGUUGAUGCUGUGCUCUCAGUUUCCUACAGUCAGGAGGAUUCUCACAGAUUCUGGAGGCAGAGUGCAAAUGGUCAACGUCAGCGGCACAGGGAAGACUCCGUCGCAUCUCUGCCUGAUGACGAGUUUCCUGAGCCAGUGUGGAUGAAGCUUGGAGAGGAGCCGCCUGAGGAUGAGACUGGUGCAGACGGCGAACAGGGUUCUGAUGACCACCCAUCAUAUAAAGAUGUGCCUGGUCCUUGUGACCCUGAAGACCUGUUGGACGGAGUUAUCUUUGGUGCCAAGUAUCUGGGCUCCACUCAGAUCAAAUCAGACAGGAACCCUUCCACAAAUGCUCGCAUGACCCAGGCUCAGGAGGCUGUUGACAGGAUUAAGGCUCCAGAGGGAGAGUCUCAGCCAAUGACUGAGGUGGAUCUGUUCAUCUCAACUAAACGAAUCAAAGUGCUUACGGCUGACACACAGGAAGCCAUGAUGGAUCACUCUCUGCAGACAAUUUCUUACAUAGCAGACAUUGUUGACAUUGUCGUCCUAAUGGCGCGAAGGAAACAUAAAGGCCAGGAUGGAGACGCUGCCUCUUCGUCGCAGCCUCAAACGAAGUGCCUAAUGAUCUGCCAUGUCUUCAUCUCUGAGGAUGCUCAGGUCAUAGCUCAGGCUAUUGGACAGGCGUUUGGAGUGGCUUACCAGCAGUUUCUUCAGGUCAAUGGCAUCAAGGCCAGUGAUCUAAGACCGGGCGAGUACAGUAACUACCUGGAAAGCCAGGAACUCUACAACGGAGACUUGGCCCACUUCUCAGACUCUCAGAACCUCCGAGAUAUAGCCAUCACUAAGGCUGCCGGGGAGAUCUUGGGACUGGCCGUGGUGGAGUCAGGUUGGGGCUCCAUCCUUCCCACCGUGGUGGUGGCCAAUCUCCUCCAUGGUGGUCCGGCUGAGCGCUGUGGUGAGCUCAGCAUUGGUGACCGCAUCAUGUCUGUCAACGGCACCAGCUUGGUGGGUCUGCCCAUCACCACCUGCCAGAACAUCCUCCAGGACCUUAAGAGCCAAAAGUAUGUGAAGCUCAGCAUCGUCCACUGCCCUCCAGUCACCAUGGCGAUUAUAAAGAGACCAGAUCCCAAGUUUCAGCUUGGCUUCAGUGUUGAGGAUGGCAUUAUCUGCAGUCUGAUGAGAGGGGGUAUUGCAGAAAGAGGAGGAAUCCGUGUUGGACACCGCAUCAUUGAAAUCAAUGGGCAGAGUGUUGUUGCAACCCCGCAUGACAAGAUCAUCCAGACCCUGACAAAUGCGGUUGGAGAGAUUCACCUGAAGACGAUGCCUGCCUCUACGUAUCGACUGCUAACGGGACAAGAGCAGCCAGUGUUUCUUUAAGCACCUUUCCUGCUUCACAGUGAUGGAUUCACUGCAGUGUUCAAGUUACAUAAGCUUCUGCCAAACUCAGAAAAUAUGCAAUUUGUGUCGCACACCUGUUGUCACAGUGCUGCCACUAUACCACCAACUAGACUAGUUAUACAUUUUUAAUAUGAGAUCAUUAUUUAAAAUUUAAGAUUUAGAGGCCUAAUUGUUUGGUUUUUUUAAUUUAUUAGAUUUUUCUAGAAAGGGUAGAGGUAUUUAAAAAAAAAUUCAACCUGAGUCUUCCAGCCUUACAUUUUUUUCUGAGUCAAUCUCUUAUAAACAUACUUGAAGAACUGACCUCAUUGAAUCAGGAUAAAAGGUGUGUGUUUCAAUGCGACUUCCAAUUCAUCAUAUUUUUAUGGAUAUCAAUUAUCACAAACGUUUGAGAGCGUUCUUGUUCUUCAUGCACAGCUUCACUGAUGUGGAGGAGAUAUUCUCCAUUUAAGGUCACUGCCUUAUUUCAUAGAGAUAUGAAUAUAUUUGUAUGUUUUUAUGCUGAUAUGGAUGCUCAAUAAAAUGUUCUGUAAUAUAUCUUCAUGUUAUGUAUUGAGAAUCUGUGAAUGCAUGAACAAAUAAAGAAUGCAAAAGUGAA